GCCGGACGUGCGCGCGCAUGCGCGCCUGCUUGUCGCGGUCAGUCGGGGCUGUGGCGUCUCCCUCGGGACCAGCUGCAGCGGGCGAGCGUGGGGCCGGGACCCUGCCCGCGUUCGAGUCCUCCUCUGGGUGCGCGGCUGCUGCGUUUGGGGGACGGGGUCUCACUGUCGCCCAGGCUGGAGCGCGGUGGCCGGAUCUCGGCUCCUGCAGCCUUGACCUCCCGAGCUCACGCGAUCCUGCCGCCCCAGCCUCUUCGGUGGCGGGGACCGCAGGCGCCCCGCGCCCGGCUACUGGCGUUUGCGUUUGUGGAGGUGGCGUCCGGAGCUGCCCAGGCUCCCUGCUCCGGGGCCCACGCGCUCCUCCCCGCAGCUGGCGCCGCCCCUGCUUCCCCGACUCCCUGAGGUGUCUGCGACGCGCUGGGCCCGCCCCGCAUUGGGUCAGAGCCGGCGGCCGGCGGGGGUCGCAGGCCAGGACCGCGGAGGCGGCGCCCUCGUCUCCGGUUUGUCCGCACUGACACCAGCAGCAGCUCCCACUUACGUCUGGGGGUCGGUGGUUUUGUUUGGCUGAUUUUUUUUUAGGUUGAUAGUAAAAGCAUUUUAAAGGUUUUUUUUUUUAUUUUUGUU